AUGCCAUCUGGUUCAAAGAAGAGAAAAGCCGCCAAGAAAAAGAAGGAACAACUAGUAGUCAACCCACAGGAAAAUGAUGAAAGGGACAGUAACGGUUCCCCUGCAUCUCAGGGUGACCACAAUCACCAGCAUCCAUUCAAUCACAGGCAAGAAGAAAGGAAAAGAGCACCGUCACCUGUUGAAUCACAUGAGGAAAAGUCCAUGGAAGAAACCCUUAGAGAUUCAAAACAUGCUGAGCACAAUAAGAGUUCUAGCUGCAGUGGUAGUUCGGAUGACGAAUCUCGAGUCUCUGAGAAGAAGUCGAAGGAAGAAGCCUAUAAUCUUGGUUCUGAAGAUACCUCAUGUGCUAACAAAGAUGAUUCGGCUACCAUCACGUCUAUGAAAGUUGCUGAAAAUGGAACUCAUAGGAAUGUUAAUGCUAAUUCUGCAAAUUUCACAAACAAAUCAGUAUACAAUGUAGUUGAAUCAAGGUCCCAGGAAAGUGAAGUAGAGUUACUGCCCCCAUCAAAUGGCAUAUCCAGGGUUGAAUUGGAAGGAAAUGAAGUAGAGGUUUCCCCAUACUCGAGCACGUCACCUGCUGAAACUAGCAAUGUCGCCGAAAAAACCCGGGAUGCUGAGCCACAUGAUGAUUCUAAAAUGCAUCCCCUUGUUGCCUCGACUCCGCCGACGGUGCAAAGAACGUUGUUGUUUAGUUGCUGUGGAUUGUUUGAUGUCCUUACUAGUUCAAACAGAUAAUCACAGGUUCAUGUUAUCCUUUGAAUU